CUGUCACUCAGAUAGAGAGGAAACAAGAGAGGAAGCCUCACUCAGUGCCAACUGUUUGUCUAGAGACAAUAGAGCUGUUUCCCCCUUUCUGACAACAACAUGAAGCUGCUGAAAUGCAUUUUAAUCAUCCAACUGAGCUGUCUUUGUCUAGGUGACCCUUACAUUCACAGACUCUCUGGUAACUGCAGCUUCACACUGAGGAUGGGUGGAAACAGGAGCAGUGAUGUGGUGGCUUUACCAGCAGACUCUUUGGAUGAGCUGGCUGAACAGAUGUGUAAGGAUCUGGACUGUGGCAGCAUCUUUCAAGUGAAUAAAACCAGCUCCCCUCCCAAUGCCACCUGCUUCCACGACUGUUUGUACCGAGAUGGUCUUUUGCAAACCUGUUCACAGAGUGAGGGAGGUAACUGCUCUGUGCUCACUGAAGCUGUCUGUGGCCACCGGGCUGUGCGGCUGGCCGGGGGCUCAGGUCGCUGUGCAGGGCGGGUGGAGCUGUGGAGAAAUGGAGAGUGGGGCACCGUGUGUGAUGACCAGUGGGACCUGCGUGAUGCCGACGUGGUGUGUGCUCAGCUCGGCUGCGGAUACGCGGUCAGUGUGACGGGACAGGGCGGCUCCUUCCCUCCAGGCAGAGGACCCGUCCACCGGGACGAGCUGAACUGCACCAGCCGAGAGGAGAGCCUGUGGGACUGUCCGGCCUCACAGGAAGAGUCGGACUGCGGACACAAAGAGGACGCUGGGGUCGUAUGCUCAGAGAUGAGAGCAGUCCGUCUGACUGGAGGUCAGGACCGCUGCUCUGGUAAAGUGGAGAUCCACCGUAAUGGCAGCUGGGGAACGCUGUGUGAUAACUGCUGGAAUAAAGACAUGUCCUCCAUGGUGUGCGCCAUGCUUCAGUGUGGCACUGAGCCAGAGAAAUUCACCCAGUUUGUUCCUCCUCUCGCCCACAACAACGGGACACUGUGGUACUAUUCAUGCCAAAAAAACCUGCAGAAUAUGUGGCAGUGCAUUGAGUACGUCAACAAAACACACCUGUGCAUUUCCUCAAAAGCCUCUGGCGUCAUCUGUAAGGGUUCCCUGGGUUUUGCUGAAGCCACCACAGCAGCUGGGUCAACUGUAAUGACCAGUUGGACUACUGGUGUGACCCCAGUCAGUCGUACAGAAGGCUUCUCCUUCCCGUCUCCAGAGCUGCUCAGCACCAUGGCUCUGGCUCUCCUGCUCCUCGUGGUGCUCAUUACCAACUCAGUGCUGUGCUGCCAUUACAGGAGGAGACACGCGUUCUUGCUCCAGCAGACACGCAGCAACCCCCGAAUCCCCUCUGAACAUCAUAACAACGGCUACCAGGACUCCGUCGACCUCGUCAAGGUCACUCCCAACCCACUGCAGAACAAAGUCCCCUCCAAUCCCAGGUAUCUGUGGACCCAGCAUAGUAGUGUUGACAGCUCGUCAGUAGAUACAGACUAUGAGCAGUAUGAGCAAAGCAAUGACCCGUCUGUCCCUUUAUCCACCUUUCGGAAUUCUCAGAGGUUCAGUACAGAAGUGAACCCUUUCAUGAGGCCUGCAGCUCUCCACAGCCUCUCUGAGGAAGAAGAAGUGAUGGGAACGUUUUCAGGCUGUAUCGGCGACGCAGACGCUCCGUACGCCAGAGUGUCGAAGAUAAUCUCAGUGGACUCGUUUGAUACGUCCAGCACCUCCUCAGGGGAGUGCUACGAGAACACCAGCAACAACUACAUCACCCUCCCCCCCGAACCAGAGCCGGGUCAGUCGUCUGGUGUCAGCGAUGCUUUGGAACCUGCACGGCUCGACUUCAACAAAGAUCAUCUUCACCCGGGGCAAACAGCAAACCUGCAGAGAUCAGAUGAGGAAGGAGACGGCCCCAUCUACUCCCCUGUGAGCCCCGACCAAAUCCUCUCAUCUGAUGAUGACUACGAUGACAUCGGCACCUUGGAGUAACCGGAGGAGGUUACAUCUACUGAAACACAGUGGGACUGAAGCUGCAAACUGCACUGAGAAGAACAUGUACUUUAAGACCAAACACCUGUUUAAACUGAGAGAUGUAUAGUUAUAAAGAAGUCUAUACAUU